UCUCCCAAGCCUUGUGUGCCGCAGAGAGCCAUCGAAAUCUCGUGAUGGUGGAGGUGGCACGUGCUUUCCCCUUCACACGUUUAAUGAGCCCGUCACUUCUCUUCCUUUGUUUACGCACAAAUAAAAACACAAACACACAUGCCUAGUUCGUGCCAAGCCUUGCCUUCACACACUCCUCAUUCUCCCAGACACGCUCGAGCACUACACACGCGUGAAAAGCUCGUCUUCCAAUUCACGCUGCACGCUCCUUCACGCGCCUUCUCCAUCUCACGGCCAGAUCCGCCCUUUUCACCCGCCGGACCGGAGAUCCACCGCCUUCUUCUGCCCCCCCGCUCUCUUUCUAUUGGUUUCGCCGACGGCGACAGGCGAGGAUUUUUUCAUCGGAAUCUCCAUUGCUAGGGCUAUUUUUAGUAUUGCUCGACGAGAAUUCUGACCAUUAUCGAGAAUUGCGCUAGAGACUUACUCACCGAGAGGAACUUUGAUGAAUUUUGGAACUUAGACUGAGACUCUCCCACAACUCAUAGAAUAUUUGGCUGCAUUGUCCAGAAGGUUUUACACGUGGAGUGUUGUUGAAACCAGACAAGCAUAGAUGGAACAUCUUCAUUACACGUUCUUAAACUAACAGAGGUUUGGGUGGUUAUAUAAGAGGAGGAGUUAUGGCAACGGAUAUGCAUAAACUGCUUGGAACUAGUGAAGAGGAUGAUGAUGAAGAUAUGGAUAUGGAUGUCAAAGAAGAAGAUGAUGACCACCGGAAUAGGGGAACAACACGAGCAGGUUCAGGGAGUAGUAAUGAAGAGUUCAUGUUUCAGCAGUCUAUGCAAGAUCAAGUGGGUACUCCUGGGGGAGGAGGAAGCCGCAGAAGUAGACCGCUUGAAGAGAAGGAGCGAACUAAAUUGAGAGAGCGUCAUCGAAGAGCUAUAACUGCAAGGAUACUAGGCGGGUUGCGUAGGCAUGGGAAUUAUAAUCUAAGAGUUAGAGCUGAUAUUAACGAUGUCAUCGCGGCUUUGGCGAGGGAAGCUGGAUGGGUUGUUCUUCCUGAUGGAACUACCUUUCCAUCCAAAUCUCAGGGGACAAAGCCUCCUGGUGGUUCUUCUGCGGUUGCUGCAGGUUCAUCAGCUUCUCACAUUGCAUCACAGCAAACCUCACCUCCUGCUCUUAGAGUGGUAUCAUCUAGAAGCCCAGUGGAACUCAGCUCUUGCCGUAUGAAAGGUGUUUUCGCACCCGGUCCAUCUCCAUAUGAUAUACCCCCAACUCAAUCUCCUGAACUGGUUGGCAGUGUAAAUAAGGGUGAUGGGCUUGCUGGUUGUUCAGUCGAUGUUAUCAACUCUAAACAGAUUCUCGAGAUUCCUUCAAAUCUGACUGAGCAAGAUUUCUCUGGCACUCCUUAUGUUCCGGUUUAUGUGAUGUUACCGCUUGGGGUUAUCAAUAUGAAGUGUGAAUUGGCUGAUCGAGAUGGACUGCUAAAGCACUUGAGAAUUUUGAAGUCAAUCCAUGUAGAUGGGGUUAAAGUGGAUUGUUGGUGGGGAAUAGUUGAGGGUCAUUCCCCACAGGAGUAUAAUUGGAAUGGUUAUAGGCAGCUUUUUCAGAUGGUCCGCGAUCUUAAUCUUAAGAUACAGGUUCUAAUGUCCUUUCAUGAAUGUGGAGGCAAUGUUGGUGAUGAUGUUUGCAUCCCACUUCCUCACUGGGUGGCAGAGAUAGGGCGAACCAAUCCUGACAUAUAUUUCACUGAUAGAGAGGGAAGACGAAACCCAGAAUGCCUUUCUUGGGGUAUUGACAAGGAACGUAUUUUAAGAGGCAGAACUGCACUUGAGGUGUACUUUGAUUACAUGAGAAGUUUUCGGAUAGAACUUGCAGAGUUUGUAGAAGAUGGUGUAAUAUCGAUGGUUGAAAUUGGACUAGGACCCUGUGGAGAGUUACGGUAUCCUUCUUGUCCCAUAAAACACGGGUGGCGAUAUCCAGGUGUUGGAGAGUUUCAGUGUUAUGACAAGUAUCUCUUGAAGAGCCUGAGAAAGGCAGCAGAUUCAAGGGGGCACCUUUUUUGGGCUCGAGGCCCAGAUAACACCGGCUCCUACAAUUCCCAGCCGCAGGGAACUGGUUUCUUCUGUGAUGGAGGUGACUUCGAUGGCCUAUAUGGAAGAUUCUUUCUCAAAUGGUACUCACAGGUUUUGAUAGAUCAUGCUGACCAUAUCCUCUCUCUCGCUAAACUAGUUUUCAGCAGUAGCUGCAUUGCAGCAAAGCUCCCAGACGUCCACUGGUGGUACAAAACAGCAAGCCAUGCUGCUGAGCUAACCGCUGGGUUCUACAACCCGAGCAACCGAGAUGGUUAUGCUGCAAUUGCAUCUACACUUAAGAAGCAUGGUGCCACUCUGAGUUUUGUAUCCGGAGAAGUGCAAGUUCUUAACCGUCCAGAUGAUUUCUCAGGAGCAUUAGGAGAGCCUGAGGCAGUAGCUUGGCAGGUGCUAAACGCUGCUUGGGAUAGCGAUACACCGAUUGCACGAGAGAACUCGCUUCCUUGCCAUGAUAGAGUUGGGUAUAACAAAAUGUUAGAAAGCGUAAAGUUUCCGAACGAUCCAGAUAGAAGGCAUUUGUCAUCAUUUGCCUAUAGUAGACUGAUCCCAGCUCUUAUGGAAGGACAUAACAUUGUUGAAUUUGAGCGGUUUGUCAAGAAAUUGCAUGGGGAAACUGUAAUGAAUCAUCAUCACCAUCAUCAACAGGUUUAGAGUUUUGUUUGUCCCUGGAUCAGCUGAAAUUAUUUAUACUGUUAAUGUUGUUAAUUUUAGUAGUUUAGCAUCAUUCUGUAAAUUUUGUCAUUAAAAAAAUGAAGAGAGGGAGAGAGAGAGAGAGAGAGAGAGAGAGAGAGAGAGAGAUUACAAAAAGAAGCCUGUGGCUUUGGCUAAACCAUCUUAUCUUUUGGUAGCCAUAGUUGUUAUGAAAUUCAUUGCUUCCACAUUUGAAGAUUAUCGAUCACUA